CAUGAGGGCCUGAAACAUCAAUUGCAUUAUCUCCACUGUUAAAUAUCAGAGCUAAUUUUGAUUCUAUUAGGGGUCUAGUUACAGGCUGCUGAGCUAAAUUUACUUUGGGCCAAUGAUGCAUUAGCACUGGGGCUCCCCUGCUAUAAGCUGAAAUCAUCAAGAGCUGAAAUCACUGAGUGCUGUGUUAACUGGGGGGUGGGGCUGAAGAUAUAUUGCUAAGCAGUUGGCAGAGUGGAGCAGUUUGUAGGAUGGUUGGAGGGGCUCAUGAGACAGCUGGUAGAGUGGAGUGAAGCGGAGCUGAGCAGUUUGUGGGAUGGCUGGAGCGGCUCAAGGGCUGGUGGAGUGGAGCGGAGCGGCUGGCAGAGUGGAGCAGUUCACAGAAUGGCUGGAGCAGCUCACGGAACAGCUGAUGGACUGGAGCGGCUCAUAGUGAAGGCUGCAGCAGAAACCCACAGAGAGGAUGGGCAGUUGGCCUCGGACCACGUAAGGGACAUCUCUUGCCCCCCUCAGAACCUCAACUGCACCAGUACUGUGGAGUCCCUCAAGGGUGUCUGGAAUGACACAGAAGCUAAUGCCUACAAACUGGUGGACCUGCCUCCUGUAGCCCCAACAGAAAUGACAGUGCAAGAUGUUCCUCAUGCCUUCCCUACACUGGAUGUUCCAGACCAUGCCCACUACACAAUUGGAACUGUCAUUCUGGUGGUGGGGAUCACUGGAACGCUGGGUAACUUCCUGGUCAUCUAUGCUUUCUGCAGGAGUAGGAGCCUUCGAACUCCAGCCAACAUGUUCAUCAUCAAUCUAGCUAUUAGCGACUUCCUAAUGUCCAUCACACAGGCUCCAAUUUUCUUCACUACCAGUCUCCACAAGCACUGGAUUUUUGGCAAGAAAGGUUGUGAGCUGUAUGCCUUCUGCGGAGCCCUUUUUGGCAUUACAUCCAUGAUCACAUUGAUGGCAAUCGCCCUGGACAGAUAUUUUGUGAUCACACGACCACUGGCCUCCAUUGUGGUGAUGUCCAAGAAGAAGGCUUUGAUAAUCCUGCUAGGAGUCUGGCUGUACUCUUUGGCUUGGAGCCUCCCACCCUUCUUUGGAUGGAGUGCUUAUGUUCCUGAGGGUUUGUUGACUUCUUGUUCCUGGGACUAUGUGACCUUUACCCCAUCAGUCCGUGCCUAUACAAUGCUCCUCUUCUGCUUUGUCUUCUUCAUUCCUUUGAUUGCCAUCAUAUACAGUUAUGUCUUCAUCUUCAAGGCUAUCAAGAAUACCAAUGAGGCUGUUCAGAACAUUGGUUCUGAUGCUAAUAAAGUAUCCCAGAGACAGUAUCAGAAGAUGAAGAAUGAAUGGAAAAUGGCCAAAAUUGCCUUGAUUGUCAUCUUACUUUACGUCAUUUCCUGGUCACCAUAUUCUGUUGUAGCUCUGGUGGCUUUUGCUGGGUAUUCCCAUCUCCUGACACCCUUUAUGAACACUGUACCAGCUGUGAUUGCCAAAGCUUCUGCCAUCCACAACCCCAUCAUUUAUGCCAUAACUCAUCCCAAAUACAGAAUGGCCAUUGCAAAGUAUGUGCCGUGCCUUCGACCCGUGCUAAGAGUUUCUCGUAAAGACUCCAGGUCUUGCAGCAGGUAUCUCUCAACCAGACGAUCCACUAUUACCAGCCAGUCUGAGAUAAGUGGACUGCAGAAAGGAAAGAGAUGGCAAUCCUCUCUCUCAGACAGUGAAUCAGGCUGGACUGAUACAGAAGUUGAUGUCGUUAGUGUGAUAUCCAGACCAGUCAGUAAACAGCUUUCCUAUGAAAUAGGCAAAUACGCUGUUGAAACCAGUGACACAAAAGCCAAAUCUAAACUGAAAAGCCAUGAUUCUGGGAUUUUUGAAAAGACUUCUGAAGAUGCCGAUGACAUUUCCAUGGUGGAGCUGAAUGUCAGAGAGUGCAUUUCCUCUCCUGUUGCCCUGCCAUCUAGAAUCUAUAGCCUUGAGGAAAUGCAAACAGGUGAGGGCCUGAAUGGCACUGAACUACGAAAAGGAGACUCUCACUCAAGACUGUCUGCAGCCCAGAUACCCAGCAUUAUAAUAACAUACAGCAAUGUCCAGGGAAUAGAACAGCCUUCUGAAUACACCUCUGGCCUCGGGUUCCCUGAGAACAGUAGCCACAACCAGGAUAAGGACUACAGUAGCCAACCAGACAGACAGUACCAGGGUGUUGCCUUAGCCAGUAUCGCAGGAGGAACCACAGAUCAACUGAGCGCAGAAGACCUUCCAAAACUGCUCUGAUCCAUGGAAAGUCACCAUUCCUAUAGUGACACAACACAAGAUAAGCCAAGGGUAAAAAGAAGAAGCUGAACCAGCAUCCGAGCUCUCUCCAGUGGUUGGUUUCUUGUUCUAGCUCUUGUGUUAGAACAAGUAUAUUAUUUCUCCACAAUCUAGAUUAUGACAUUACUCUUUUCACUUGGAUUUCUGUUCAGGAAUUAGCAACUAUUGCGUGAACACCACCUUCAGUCACAGUAUAUGCAGGCUUCAUGAUAAGCCUUAAUUCUUUGGGGUUAAGAUUCAGAUAAUGAUCUUUGUUCAGUGCCAGAUCUCAGCCGCAGUCACUGUACCAGAAAGGAACACUUUUAGAAGGUAAAUUAUAGAGUUGAGAGUAUUUGGAGAAACUUACAGUACCUGGUAGGGAAGGUUUCUUAUUUUUGUUAAAGCUCUCUAAGUAGACCAUAUUUAAGUGCAAUAUCAGUGCUCCACUCCCUUCUUAGUUCCAUGCUUUUUUCUCAAACUCUUGUACGGUUUUGUUAAAAAGCAAUGCAUUUAAAGAACAGUUUGAGGUCUCAGAUCAUUCUCCUUAUCUCAAAGAAGGGAAAUCAUUUUCAAGUGUGGCCCACACUCCCUUUCCUUCCUGUCUUCCUUCUGCAUCAGUUAUUAAGCGACCAGUCCAAUACUGGCUGAACUCACUUGCCUCAGAACAAUAUGAAAGAUUCUGGACACUAAUGAGCUUCAGUCACCAUGUUUUAAGGGUGGGGCAGCUGUAAUUAAAUGUCUUAUUGGUAAAGAGCUGCUGCUGGCUCAGAAAGGUACUCUAUUAAGAAACUCUCUUUCAAAAUUAACUUAGAGCUCAGUGCACUCUGGUUCUGAUUUUUCUAUUAUGAGGGGAAAGGAGGGUUUGGCACCCAACCCCAGGCACCCACAAAACAUGGGAUCCCCAUUACCUCAGCAUUUAAUCAUGCUUCUUACCUCUUCUGGACAGCAACAGUCAGGGCCUCCUCCAAACUCUAGCUAUCCCUGCUACUCAAUAUGUGUGUGUGUGUGUGUGUGUCUGUCUCUCAGCACACAGGAGGGAAAUAGCUGUCUGUAGUAAUAAUUUAUGCUGGCCUUCCCCUGUGGAUCUUUCUAGGGUGUCAGGUAAAGGGGCAGAAUCCAGAUGAAAUCUAUGGAGUCAAUAUUCUGAGAAGACUUAGGACUGGUCUACACUACAGAGUUACGUUGACAAAAGGCAGCUUACGUUGACCUAACUCUGUAAGCAUCAACACUAAAAUGUAGCUCCCACCGAUGUAAAUCACCCACUACAUCAAAUUAAUAACUCCACCUCCGUGAAAGGCAUAGCACUUAAGUUGAUAUAGGUAGGACGACCCAGGUCAAUGCAGACACUGCAUUACUUACAUUGCCGUUGGCUGUCAGCCCCAUGGCGGGGUGGUGGUGGUGGCUCCAGCUGUGAACCCUGUGUAGGGCUCACAGUUUGGGCUAUCAAUCCCCAGCAGCAGGGCUCCAGCUGUGAAUGCCCCACAAAGCCAAGUCGGUGAAAACGCUCCUGGUGAGGAUGCACACCACCACCGGGGAGAGGGGAGUGGAAAUAGUGUGGACAUGAAAAACCUCAGUAAUUACUGCAGUGGCUAUAUACGUCGACCUAACUAAGGUCGACUUCAUUUUGUAGUGUAGACUUGCCCUUAGGUAGGGGGAAGCAUUCUGCAGAGAUGGUACUUAUAUUUUGAGCACCACUAAGUCUGGAUCUGUGAGGGCUGAUUCCCCUCUGAGCACGUUGGUGGCAAAAACAAAGUGGGUCUUAUUUAUUUGAAUGCCUCUUUUCACCAAUCUGGUAUCAUAAAGGGCCUUAAAGUGAGUGUAAAUGUAAUUCCAGAGUGGUGUAAAGAAGCCUUAAGAUACAUAAUGUAAAUAUAAUGUAAAUCACGUCCUAGUAAUGUUGAUUUGAAACAAACCUUUUGAGAUUUGCCCAUCUCUAAUUAUAACCUGUGUUUGUAACAUGACCAUAACUUCUGCAAAAGCCAAGUGUGACAUCACAGAUAGAACUGUGAAAUCAGGCAGGGAACAAACUGCAGGAGGAAAUAAACUAUUCAGAAACCAAGAUGUUUUCAUGUAAAUGAAAUCAAGGAAAUUAGAGAUGGAAAAGAUCUAUCAUAACUCCUUCACCAUUAACCUGCCCGGGCAGGAUAUUGUCCCCAGAUAGAGCACAUAACAGAUAUUAAAUUGAUAGAACAGAUACUGUUAGUUAUAAAGAACAGGGAAAGAGGGUGAAAAAAGGAUAUUGUAUCCUAACAAAAGGUGUGUUGGAAAAUUCCCAUCAACUAUAAACAGUUCUUUAAGACCUAUUGUUCACGCUAUAAAAAUUAUUUUAAACACAGCAGGUCUGAUUCACCCCUUCCUUCCCACUUGUGUAGCCAUUUACUUUUGUACAAAAUAGGUGUCAAAUGCUACCAAAUGAUUAUGCUCCACUCACACUGGUGGGAGUUUUGCACCCACUUCUUAUAGGUGUAAAUGAGGUGCAAAGCAAUGGUGAAAUCAUGCACAGAGUCUAUUAAGAAAACGUUCAAAGCUCAUAUACAUUCUAUUGUGUAUUAAUAAGAGGCAU